CAUCGUUAGGCCUUUGCAGUAGGGAGUUGCUUGGCGGACCUCUUAAGUUUUUCUUUACUUUACAUGUAAUUUUUGUUCCACUAAAGAAACGUAAUUCAAUAGUUUUUGGCAUCACUCGCCUCGUUGAUUACUCUGGGUGUCGACAGACUGUAGAAUAAAUUCUUCUGGGUGUGGUACAUAACUUGAAAGCCAAAGAAGGAAGGAAGGUAUCGGUGACUCGGACUGACCGCGGCUGAGCUUAUGAUGCCGACGUUGCGGGACAGCACCAUGUCCCACCCCGGCGAGAAUUCCCACCAAGUCCGGGUGAAAGCCUAUUAUAAAGGGGACAUCAUGAUCACCCAUUUUGAGCCGUCCAUUUCAUAUGAGGGUCUGUACGGGGAGGUGAGAGACAUGUGCUCUAUGGACAAUGACCAGCUCUUCACUAUGAAGUGGAUCGAUGAAGAAGGUGACCCUUGCACCGUGUCGUCUCAGCUGGAACUGGAGGAGGCUCUGCGUCUCUACGAACUCAACAAAGACUCCGAGCUCAUUAUCCAUGUGUUCCCAUGUGUACCAGAGAAACCUGGCAUGCCCUGUCCAGGAGAAGACAAGUCUAUAUAUCGGCGUGGAGCCCGGCGCUGGAGGAAGCUCUACUAUGCCAGCGGCCAUGCCUUUCAGGCCAAACGCUUUAACAGGCGAGCCCACUGUGCCAUCUGUACGGACCGAAUCUGGGGUCUGGGGAGACAAGGCUACAAAUGCAUCAACUGUAAACUAUUGGUGCACAAGAAGUGCCAUAAAUUGGUGACAGUGGAGUGUGGCAGACCAAUGAUCCAGGAACCGAUCAUGCCCGGACCACCAUCGAGCCAGUUAGACCAAACCGAACAGCCAGGCCCUCACAAUAAAGACUCCAGAGAAAGCUUGAAUUAUGAUGGAGAGGAGAAAGAGGCACGAAGCAGUCGAGACACUGGGAAAUCGCCUUCCAGCCUGGGCCUGUCAGACUUCGAUCUUCUCAGGGUGAUCGGACGGGGCAGCUACGCCAAGGUGUUGUUGGUGCAACUCAAGAAGACGGAGCGUAUCUAUGCCAUGAAGGUGGUGAAGAAAGAGCUGGUCAACGAUGAUGAGGACAUUGACUGGGUCCAAACAGAAAAGCACGUUUUUGAGCAGGCCUCUAAUCAUCCAUUCCUGGUCGGCCUCCACUCUUGUUUCCAGACAGAAAGCAGACUUUUCUUUGUUAUUGAAUAUGUGAAUGGUGGCGAUUUGAUGUUCCACAUGCAGAGACAAAGGAAACUCCCAGAAGAACACGCUAGAUUUUACUCAGCAGAGAUCAGUCUGGCACUCAACUACCUUCAUGAGCGGGGAAUCAUCUAUAGAGAUCUGAAACUCGACAACGUCCUGUUGGAUUCGGAGGGACACAUCAAACUCACCGACUACGGCAUGUGCAAGGAGGGCUUGAGACCAGGCGAUACGACGAGCACUUUCUGCGGUACUCCCAAUUACAUUGCCCCCGAAAUACUCAGAGGAGAAGAUUAUGGGUUCAGUGUGGACUGGUGGGCGCUUGGCGUGCUCAUGUUUGAGAUGAUGGCAGGUCGGUCACCAUUCGACAUUGUUGGGAGCUCUGACAAUCCGGACCAGAACACAGAAGACUACCUCUUCCAAGUAAUAUUGGAAAAACAGAUCCGAAUCCCCCGCUCGUUGUCAGUCAAAGCCGCCAGCGUCCUCAAGGGAUUCCUCAACAAGGACCCUAAGGAGCGUCUGGGCUGCCACCCUCAGACAGGAUUUGCUGACAUCAUGGGCCAUCCGUUCUUCCGAAAUGUCGACUGGGACCUUCUGGAGCAAAAGCAGGUGGUUCCUCCUUUUAAGCCCAACAUCUCAGGGGAAUUCGGACUGGAUAACUUCGAUGCCCAGUUCACCAACGAGCCCAUCCAGCUCACACCUGACGACGACGAUGUAGUCAAGAAGAUUGACCAGUCUGAGUUUGAAGGAUUCGAGUACAUCAACCCACUCCUGAUGUCAGCGGAGGAGUGUGUGUGAGAGACAUGUCUGCUCACACACACCACCCACACACAAACAAACACACACACUCAUGCACGUGUUAUGUGGCGUCUCAGUGUCUUCAGCUGCAUGGUUACAAGACAACCUGACGACAUCAACCUUCUGUUCGAGGGCCGCACAUGCACAGUAGAACGCUUAUUUGCCAAAACCAGUCUCACACUCUGCCAUUUAUAACCACUUGCCCUUAAGCCUACUUUUCUUUCUUAAUUAUUUUUAUAUCAUGUAAAUCUGCACUGAUAUUGAUCUUCUCAUCGGGGCCUCUUUAUCUGUAGCCAUCGAGGCUACAGAGUUCUUCCAAGGUUGCUGUACACAGUCAAGGGGGUGGGAGGGAUGAGGCUCGACCCCCGGACACAUGAACUGAGCAUCAUCUCCUUCCAGCUGGUGAGGUGUUUUCCACGCAUAUUUUAUUUGUACAUAAAUAUGAAACUACUAUCGAGGAGAAAUGUUAGACAAGGCGUUUUAGCUUCAAGCCAGUCAGACAAAAACCGACAAUGUAAACAUCAUAACAUCAAUUAGCUUUGUCACAAAAACCCCCUCUGUAGAGUAAAGAUCAUAACACUAGCCUUUUAAAAAAGAAAAUCAUAAAAACUCUAUAUUUUCUCAUGAUUUAUUUAACAACAUAGCAGUCAUUAAAAUGUUAAAUGUCCAGCCAGGAUAACAGAACCAAAAAUGUUAAGUCUUUGUGUUUUUUAGAUGUUUUUAGCAACAUCUGGAAAACAGAAGGUGUCCCCUCUCACUGAAGAGAAGGACGUAUAACAGCAGCAUUUAUCAACACUAGUAAUGAGUUAAUACUCACAAACUGUGAACACAAGACCUCGCUCUGCGGGAAUCGGCUGGAAGAGUAGCACAUACUGUAAUACCUGACCGCUGGAGCACAGGUUUAGUAUUACUGUGCAGACUGUACAAAAAAGAAACACAGGACCAAAAACACAUUUUUCAGAAAAAUGUCUUGCUGGUACGUAUUAGAAGGUACAGUAUAUAUAAGGAAGGAUGUGCUGUCCUGAAUCAUAGAACUUACAGUAUAUAUAUAUUCAUUUUUUGUUUUUUUUUCCAAAUUUUUAAUACUAUGCCUUUCUGAAAUGGUCAGUUAACUUUUUGUUUUUUGUAUUUUCUCCAUUCCAUGUAUGUAUUUUCUUGUAAAUCAAAUUACUAUGUGAUUGUUGAAGACAGAGCUCAGAUGUAAGUCCAAGGCUGUGACACAGUACAGUUUUUGUCAGGAAAUGUGGCUCAAAAAACGAUAAAAUGUGUCUGCUGCGCUCCAUAUCAAACCCCAUUUGCUUUAAAGCGUAAACAUAGUUCUGCAGAGGCGUUGUGGACUGUAAAGACACUAAAGUGAUGGUGCAUGAACCUGCAGACUCUUCUCCAGUCCAAGCUUCUCUCUACUUUGAAAAUGUAUUUGGGCCCAAACAGUGACCAGCGGAUCAAUAAGACCUGUUACAUGUUAGUUUGACUUUUGUUACUUUUUUGUGAAUCAAAUUUGAUUUUUUUUUUUUUUUUUAUUAUCACUACAUUGAUUCCAAAAUGUUUGUGGGUAAACCCGGUUAAAACACUAUUUGUUGUACUUGUUGUAUUUGGGGGUGAAAACCACCCACAGGACUCUGCUGACCUUUAUUAUUAGUGUGCAAAGAGAAAACACACAUGGUAAAAUAAACAUUUUAUUUCUCUCCUUGGUAAUA